GAAUGAAAUUUUGGGUUUCCUAAUUACCAAACCCUCGCUAGCAAAAAGGGCACAGCGUUAUUCGGGGAGCCGGAUUGAGAGGGCUCUGCCGAAACCCUAAUUUCAAAUUAUCAACGAUGGCUAAGCGCGAAUUGUCAAGCACAUUGAAGAACUUGAAGUUCAUGCAAAGGGGAGCUAAUAAAGAGGAGAAAACCAAAAAGGAAGAAGAAGUAACUCCUAAUGGAAAUUUCCCAUCUAUUACCACCAAAAAAUGUAUGGUCAUUAUGGAAGGUGAUCCUAGUCCAGGUGCCAUUAGAGGCCGGAUGUCAUUCCAGAGUUUUAAUCCUUCUAUUGAUAAAUUAAACGAAGAGGCUUCAAACCCAAGACAAUCAGAAAGUGAUGCUACUUCCUCUGGGCAUCAACCUAAUAGAGAAAAUGUAUCACCAGAAGAUGAAUUAAUGAGCAUGAGAGAAGAAACUUCAAGUGGAAAGAAAGCCAAAAGGAAACAAGCUGAAGUUAUUUCAGACACCAAAUCACCAAAUAUCAAUGAAGUCAAUACUUCUUCAUCAAACAAUGGUAAAAAGAGUUCUCAUAAGCCACCUAAGCGAGGAAAGCUGGACUUUAAUGUUUUAAGAUCUCCUAAGAAUCAAAAUAAAAGGUCAUGAUCUUGAUCUUUUUCAUGUUAAACAAUUAAGAAUAUGUUUUUAUUUUAUAUUUUUUGCCCUCAAACUUCUUAGUUUAGUUGCAAUGUAUAACUUUCCCAACAAGCUUAUCAUGUAACUAACUUCUUAGUUUAGUUGCAUUGUAGAAUGUUCAA